AUGACCGUCGACUCUCAACCUCUUGUCCGGUCGGAUGACGGCAGCCGAGCCCAGGAGUUCUUCCAGAUCGAAACUAUCACUCAGUGGACGGAGUUCUUCAAGUCAGAGCUCUGGGACCGAUACGUCCUCCAGCUGUCUGUGACGGAGCCGAGUCUCCACCAUGCCAAACUCGCCCUCGGAGCUAUGCAUCGCUCACUGACUACCGACGCAGCUGUGCAAGAAUACGGCAAAUUUGCCAUUCAGCAGUACAACAAAGCGAUCUCGUAUGUUGUGCGCCCUUUGAAGCCAUUGCGCCUUAUCGUUGUCCUCGUAGCUUGCUGGAUGUUUAGCUGCUUUGAAGUGAUGCGAGGUAACCACAAAGUUUUGGGCCUACACCUGACCAGUGGUCUGCAAUUGGUCGCCUCUCACGACAGUGUAAAGCAUGGAGAGAAGGGACCAGAAUACGGGCUUGGUGUCAAUUCGGAGAGUCGUGCCCUCUUGGAGUGUCUUAUGCAACACUUUUCCGUACUGGACUUACAAAUGAUGCUAUACGAGCCGGACUGGAUUUCUGCUUCCAUGCGAUACUGUCAACAACCUCGGGAGCCAAUCUCAUUCUCCUCGAUGAGCCAAGCUAGGCAUCAUCUGACCACGUUACUGCUAGGAGUGAUAGAAAUAAAACGUCAAGAGAUGCGUCUAGUCACUGUCGAUGCACUGGAGAAGGGAGACAUCCACUUUAAAAGACAAAGGGUCCUGGGCGAGCUACACCGUUGGUCAGAAGCCUUUGAGCUCUUCUUCGACCGCAGAACAAGGAAUCUGAUGAGAGAAGACGUGCGAGUCGGGCUGCUUCUUCAAAUCCAACAUCUCGCCGGAUCCAUCCACCUCUCAGUCACUGCAUCGGACGAAGAAACAGGUUAUGACAAACACCUACCUGAGUUCCAGAAAAUCGUGUCCUUGUCUCGAGAACUGAUGGGCCCUUUGGAACCUUCCAGUUCAAAGCGCCCAAAAAUCAAGAAGUUUCUGUAUGAGCACGGCGUGAUACCUUCAUUAUACCUGGCUGGCUAUAAAUGCCGUGAUCCCCUCGUCCGACGGGAAGCGCAUUGCCAGCUGGCUUCAAUUCAAAGGAAGGAAGGUGUGUGGGAUAGUCAUAUGAUGGCCAAGGUAGUGUGGCAUAUUGUCGACAUUGAAGAAAGUAGCCGAGUCGUCCGCUGUUCGUCCGAUAUUCCUGAGGAAGGAAGAGUUUGGAGAGAAUUUCUACACGCUGUUGAUGACCCUGAGCCCUCGACAGUGGUAUUUGAAUUCAGGUUGAACGAUGGCAGCGGAACUCGGCUGGUCGAGAGGUGCCUGAACUGA